AUGGGUGGUUUGCGCUUCAAGCAAUGCCACUUGCCACUUGAACACAUCGCCACACUGUUCCCGGCGCAAGCUAACCUACGCAAGGGCUCGGAAUGCAUCGGCAAGUCUGUGGAGGGAUCCGGGAGCUCUUGGCAGCGCGUUCUUUUGUCGGCUCUUUGCUUGCUUUGCCUUUGGUGGACAAGCCUUGGUCUGCCCGAGCUGCAGAGAGCUGCAAAGGUGAAACUGAGGCGUUGCAGGGAGGCGGUCUCCCAUGAGUGCAGUGCAGUAGCAGGCCGCUUCAAGCGACUAGCCUCAUGCUUUAGCCCAGCAGCAUGUUGCGUUUGUAGAGUUGCACUUUGCUCAAUCACAGGGUCUUCUGAGGACACUGACAUGCACAAGGGACUUGAACAUUUUUUGUAG